UAGCCAAACGGCCUAAAACAAAAACAAAAACAGAACUCGGUGCCGAACAGAGGCAGCGGAGAAGCCAGCCACCGCCACCGCGCGAGGAAGCGACGGCGAUGGCGACGACGCAGCCCCGCCGCCGGAUCCCAUAUCCACCGCUGAUCUCGGUUUGUGCAUCCCUUUGGUGGCUUGCCGCGGCGGCGGCGGCGGCAUCGGUCCACGAGUUCCCGACGGACGGCACCGUCGUCGAGCUCGACGACGCGAGCUUCGACCGGGCGAUCUCCGCCUUCGACUUCAUCCUCGUAGAUUUCUAUGCCCCCUGGUGCGGCCAUUGCAAGCGGCUUGCUCCCGAGUUGGAUAAAGCUGCCCCAGUUCUGGCUCAGCUGAAUGAACCAAUCGUGAUUGCUAAGAUAAAUGCUGACAAGUAUACAAAACUUGCUGCCAAAUAUGAAAUAGACGGGUAUCCUACAAUUAAGCUUUUUAUGCACGGAGUCCCUAUGGAGUACACUGGUCCAAGGAAUGCUGAUUUGCUUGUACGUUUCCUACAGAAGUUUGUUGCACCUGAUAUUUCUUUCCUUGAGUCUGACUCAGCGGUCCAAAAUUUUAUUGAUAUGGCUGGUGCUAACUUCCCUAUGUUCAUUGGCUUUGGCCUGAAUGAAUCUGUUAUCCUGGAACUUGCCCGCAAGUACAAGAAAAAAGCCUGGUUUUCUGUAGCAAAAGAUUUCUCAGAGGAAAUUAUGGUGGCAUAUGAUUUUGACAAAGUUCCAGCAUUGGUAUCUCUUCAUCCCAAAUAUAAUGAGCAAAGUGUGUUCUAUGGCCCUUUUGAAGGAGAAUUCUUGGAAGAUUUUAUACGACAAAAUCAGUUGCCUCUUACUGUACCCAUUAAUUCUGAAACACUCAAGUUGGUGAAGGAUGAUGAGAGAAAAAUUGUCCUAACAAUAGUGGAGGAUGAGUUAGAUGAGAACUCACUAAAAUUGGUUAGAAUUUUGAGGUCUGCUGCAACUGCAAAUCGUGACCUAAUAUUUGGAUAUGUUGGAGUCAAGCAAUGGGGAGAAUUUGUUGACACAUUUGAUAUCAGUAAGAGAUCAAAACUGCCAAAACUUCUUGUUUGGGAUGGAAAAGAAGAUUACCAUAUAGUUGUAGGUUCAGAAGACCUAGACGACAAUGAUCAAGGAUCUCAAAUUAGUCGUUUUCUUGAAGGAUAUAGAGAUGGAAAAACAAUAAAAAAGGAAAUGAAUGGCCCUUCACUGAUUGGCUUCAUUAACUCGUUAGUCAGCAUAAGAACAGUCUACCUUAUUGUCUUCAUAGUUGCUGUUCUAAUGGUCAUUCAGAACUUUAGUCAAACUGAAGAGAACCCCCAAUUUAGAGGAAUCCAAGAUGGUGCAGAAGGCACAGAUGCAAGCACUUCACAUAUCGAAAACCGCAGAGAUUAUCAACCAGGGAACAAGGAAGACUGAUGGUUGAUGCUUUUUUUCUCAGAACACUCAGAUGGUUGUUUCACUGCAAUUUUGUUUCUGUGCACCGCCAUAUUUAUAUAUCAUCAACCCAAACAUGGAAUCAGGAUUGUAUUAAAAAUUGUUUUCUUUCAUUUAUCCACAAAACUAUUUUAUUUGACAUUGUAGAGAGCCCCAUUCUCCUGCAGCUUUUAGCUUAUGUAUGUGCUUGAUAUGUAUGUUAGAUCAAACUGACUUGCACA